AUCAAGAUUUGUCAUCCGGAUUUGCUGUGCGCCGCUGCACAUGCAAUUUGGUGAUAUAGGUUCCAAUAUGCAUACCGCAUGUUACACAUUUUGGCUUCACCGCCCACACAGGACGCCCAAAAAUACCCAUAAGUUUCAUCCUAACAACACUAUGGCGUUCUGAAGGUCAUUGGGUUGAGAGAUUAGGCAAGUACUGCUCCAAGCUUUCAUUUCCUUAUAAUUUCAAGUUUCGAGAGUUGAGGUAUGGGUCGUAGGGCCUACCAAGUGACUUCUCUCAUUUGUAGAUAUGCAUCUCUUUAAGCUUCCGCCAGAGCUUGUGCAGCCCAUCUUCGAGCAAAUUGUCAAGUCGCGCCAAUUCGAGCACGUAAUGCGAAUUCGUAUUGUUAGCCGCCAGUUCAAGACCUACAUCGAUGAUGCCAUUUUUCGGCUUCGUCUUUUAAGUCAGCUUGCGGGUUGUCUUCUCCCUACGGAAAAGUUUUUCAGGUGUCGACCAGCUUUUGUUUCAUAUAUGUGCUCGUACCUGGAAUAUCAGACAGUACGGGAAAAGUCAACUACAUCUCGGCUUGGUCGGAUACAUCGAGCCGCGAAAGCUGUCUGUGAAAUAGAAGGACAUAUUGGAGGUGAAAUUGUCAUGAAGUGUACCAUAUUACUCAUCCUGUUAGCAAUGCAUGACAGUAUUGAAAAACUACUACAAGAACCUAAAGUUGAAGAGCCAUGUUCCGACGGAGACCUCGAAGCCGAUUUAUACGUUGCUGCUAUCUACCUUGGCCAGAAGCCUUACAUCAAAGGUUUAAUCGCGGAUGGGGUCCAGUUCUGUUCUAGAGUCAACCAGCCCGACAUUCGUAGCACAGUUUUUGGUACAGCCUUCCACGCAGCCACACUUCAAGGAAGCCUCGAUAUGAUUGAACUAUUAAUCUCAUGUGUUCCCAAGUACCGGGAUACAGGUUCUCUUCCAUACUCUCAACAGCGAGAAAUCUUCAGAUAUGCUUGGCAUCCUCGCUGUCAAGAUGCUGUAAACUUUGCCCUUGAUAAGAGACCAAUCAAUUUGACCGAGAGGGGUGUGGAGGGGCUCAUGGAUGCCAUGAUGCUUGAAAAGUUGAUCUGUCGCAUGCCAGUCCCACAAUGCUACGAGCGAGUUGCUGCCCUCCUAGAACCUAGCAGUCUAGCCUUCGGCCCCAAUAGACGUAACUAUGACCCAACUGGCUGGCUUAUACACUGGGCUGCUCUCGGAGAAAUUAACAUGGUCUACUACAUGCUGGCCAAAGGCGCAAACCCAAAUCAAACCCGAGAAGGGUGGAAUAGUGCACCCCUUCUAUCAGCGACUCGAUCUGCAAAUGAAGAAAUCGUCAGAAUUCUACUUGAAGCUGGCGCAGAUUCUAAUACACCGCAACUGCCAAAUUCACCUCUUAUGGAAGCUGUAUGGAAAGGAAAUAUUGAUAUAGUAAAGUUAUUGUUAAGUUAUGGGGCAGACGUUCAAAGAGGCUGCCCACCUCCUAUUGUGCUUGCCGUAUCUAAAGAACGGAUGGACCUGUUUCGCUUGCUUAGGGAGCGCGGUGCCAGACUAGACACACCAGGCACAGGUGGCUGGGCGAUGGCAAUUGCACAGAAACACGGACUAUCUUCGAUGGUAGAUGUUUUGUUGCACGAAGGCGUGACUCAUGACGCUGUGCUACAAUACAUCCCUAACAGCGGUGAGCGUUGGUGGCAUCGCACACUAUGGCCGCUAGACUCGAGACCUCCGGCUUAUUACGCAUGAUCCAGUCGUAAUAAUACAUACAAACGUUGAGGUAUUCCUAUGGAAGCAUGGAGAUUUUGGCAUCCGAUAUUUAAAUACUCUGGGGGAUACAACGUUGCCUCUAAUCAGGCCCUGCACUUUAAUGUGGAUUAGGUACGGAGGUCAAGGUCGUAUAUGUCCAUCAUCUUUAGUAUUGGCCUACUGUGCCAAGCCUGAUGUAUAUUUGCGACCCAAACCUGCGUAGUUGAUUGUUUUAUUUCAUGCAGGGGGAGGACUCAUCCCCGCCAAGGAC